AUGGAAAAAAGAAAAAAAAAGCGAAACGAUGAUAAUGCCCGUAACGUUUAUAAACUGAAAGAGUUCCUUGCCAAUGAUGAGAACACGUCUGCUUGCGUUCAGUGUUGUGAAAGGAAUUCGUACGAGACGUGUAACAACAUUUUACAAUAUAUAAAAAAAGAUUUGAACAUCCCCUUGUACGUCCUUGACCUUGUCAGUAUUUAUAAUCACGACAACAUUGCAAAGUUCGUUAAAGACGUAUUUGCAGAGUUUGUAAAUACGGCCAUCCCAUACUACAUUCACAUGAACAGAAAUAUCCACAAAAGGAUCUCAAAGAAGAAAAAAUUUUCGAUCAAAGAUGUGUGCUCCGUUUUGUCUAGUAAGGUGGAUUAUUUUGACAGCGCCCGCCAAAAAAAUGUAAAUCUCUUUAAAUGCUUUUUUGCAUAUUAUUAUAAAUUUCAAAGGGGUGUUAUAAGAAGGUCCAGAAAAAGGAGACAGAGGACAAACCCGGAACUGACAAACGUAAAUGCUCAAAGAGAAAGUCAAAAUUGCAAAUCAUUAAAUACAAAUUUUAAAUGGGUAAACUGCCUCACAAAUUUGAAGUAUUUUAAGUAUCUUCGAAAGUACAAAUAUUUUUUAACCAGUAAAAAAAAAAAAAAAUUCACCAUUUUUUUUUUCACACAUAAUGAUACAUACUUUUGGAAGCAUAUAAGCGAACGAUUGUAUUCGCCUUUUUUUAUAAAAGAAUAUAUUUGCACUCUUCUCAAAAGGCACACAAAGUUGAGUGCUAUUUUUAAAUGUUCGAAGGGUAGCGGUGAGGGUGGUGACAUGCCCAGGGUGUCUGGCAGAGAAGACGCCACAACAGGGAACUUGACCCUUAUGAAGAGCGAUAAAAAAUACGAUGCUUUCCAUGAUAACCAAAAUUGCUACCACAGUAGAGGUAACUGCCUGCAUGUGGAGCCUGAUCCAGUCAGUUAUGCCAAACAAAGGGUAGACCCAACAUUAAUGUGCAGUAGACAUAUUCGAAAGGGCACAAAUGAGGACCAUUUGGCGCCUAUUAGGAAACGGUUCAUACUGAAAAAUAGGUACCAGCGUGAUGAUAAAUACUGUGUGUACAAUUCGCAACGAAGAACAUUAUUAAGUUUUUAUUUUAGCAAAAUAAAUAUACCGAACAUUUGUUUGAUAUAUGGGGACAGUGGAGUGGGGAAAAGCACUUUACUGCAAUUUUUAGUUCACAUCGUUAGCUCAAAUUAUAAGGACAUCUCUUUUAGCGAAAAAGUGAUAGACCGUUCACUUCACAGCGCAGUUGAAGGGAAUGCAGUCGAGGUGAGCGAGGGGGGAAGCACCAAUACGAUUAAGCAGAACAUGCGUGAAAGCAAAAGUACAGCUUGGGGAGGAAAAAGCUACAGACACGUGUCGUAUACUUCUCUAAUGCGGAGGAUGAAUCAUCGGGAAAAAAAAAAUAUUUCUUCAAUUCCAAAAUGUGUGCAUAAUUCCAUUCGAAAACCAUCUGUUGGUAAAUAA